AGUCUACCGGAAGUGAGAAAUAAAAUUUUGAAGGCAUGGCGGCUGAUCUGGCGGUAAACUCGGAGGCGCGUCUCUGGGGACCGUUCAAGGAACUAGAGAGGAUAAUAAAUGCUGCGGUCUACAGGAAAAAUCCUGAUGCCGUUCUUGAUCUUGAAGUUGGACUGAAACAACACAAACCACACUUCAUAUCCCUUUUGAAAAACCCACCGAAAAACACCUUGUGCCGAGAUGCAGUUAAGAAGUCGACCACGGUUGGGUUACCUGUCCAGGGAGAGCAGACAAGCCAGACAUUCUCCAGUCAGUUCAUUGAGGAGGCACUCAUCCUCAGUGACCUGUUCACCAUGAAUGAAGUGGCAGCUGUUGAGCUGCUGACAGAAGGUGAGCGGAAGAAGGCAGAGUUUCCUGGCCUGACUCGUGGACUUGUAGCUGUCCUGUUGUAUUAUGAUGGCCAGCGUAGCCUGGUCAGUGGUCUCAGGACACUUGUCCAGUCAAGGAAGGGUCGUACCUGGACAAUGGAACUUUCACCUGACUUGGCCAAUCUGGUCACCCAGUUUACUGACCAACUCAUCCAGAAAGAUGGUCUUGUCAACAAAGUAUUAGAUUUGCUGAAUAGACGCGAUUCAAAGACUGAGCUGGAUCGUCUACAGCGUGACAGAGCCCUGGGCUCCCCCAAACACACCAGACAGGUGAGAGAUAUCUACACUGAGAUCAACCUAAUCCUGGCUGACUGUCUCUUCUGUCUGUCAUCCCAACAACCUCUGGACAAGACUAGCACCCUGCGUCUCAUCGACCACCUCCGAGGAGCUAACUCAGUGAGCGGAGAAGGUCCACUUGAUCUGGUUAACUUGUGUCUUCUCAUGGCCCUCCUGUACUGCUUCGACGUUAGUGUGCUGGAGCAGGAAGAUGCAGAGGAGUCUGUAAAGAACCUGCCACUGAUGAAUGACGCUAGUUAUGUUGGGGAGAUACACCAAGCCUUGACCGGUGGUCAGCAGUGGACCAACAUGGGCCUUAGAGGUAUAGCUCAGUUUGCCUGGGGACUGACCCUCCGACAGCUGUCGCAGUACCACACCCCCGCAGGUGUAAACAAGAUUUGUGAGGAGGACGAGAGCCUGAUCACCAUGGCCCUGGACAACAACGUGUUCCACUAUAUGAUCAGAUCAGUGGUGGCAGUAUCGGACUUCCACAGCGAAGAGUUUUACAUGAGGAAGAUACACGGGCUACUGACAGACUUUAUAUUCCAUAUGCCUCUGAAGGUAAAAGAACUACGUAACCGUAGUGAUGAGGCGGCGAGAAUCCUUAUGUCUCAGACACAGGACGGUCUAGACACUACUAUCUCCCCCAACAGGGGUUUCGAAUACCUCCUCCAGCUGAUAGGAGAUCUCUACAACAAGGAUCCCCAGGGCCUGGAUCUAUGCCUGGAGUACUGGUGUCCACAGGAGGCCCCCACCCUUCACGAGUCCAUGUAUCACUACCGGCCUCCACAGAGACAGGUGGCAUUGUAUAAAUUUGUGCGACUGGCAGGUGACCUGCUACCGUCAUUCCUGUACCAGCCAUACAUCAAUAUGCUGAUUGGUCUGUGUAGUAACCAGCAGGGGGCGCACCAUUGCUUCGACCUUCUCAAGAGCAACGGUAUGGGUUCAGGCGGUCCAGCCAGCUCUGUUUCCUGGAACCACAUCUUUACCUCCCUCAACCAGUACUACACCAGUCUUAGAAGAGAGGCCCCUACAUCUGCUGAUUCUUCUCACCACCAGAGGGCACCACACCUACGGGGCAUUACUCCGGCAGAACUAGACGGCCUUGUCACCGUCCUUAAACUCACACGCACCAUAGCAGAGCAGAAUGAAAACUGCCGUAUCGCCCUGUGUGAGAACCAGCAGUGGUCAGCUGUGAUGAUCAUGUUCGGACUGGUUACCUGUAGCAUCCCCUCUCCUCUCAAGGCGGAGCUGUUCCGUACCUUGGCUGCCUUCGCCCGGUCACCAGAUAUUGCUGCCAGUCUAUGGCAGACCCUUGAGGUGUCUCAGAUACUGCCUACAAUCCAGUCAAAGGGUGCGGGAGGAAUCCAGGUUGAGUUGGACGAGAUUGAGAGUCGUAACGAGGAGUACCCGAUGAUCCAGGGGUUCCUGGCUCUGAUAGACACUCUGACAGAUAUUCCUGUUCCUGCGGGUCUCGGGGCGGGGCUCAGGGCCCCAGGCUUCGACCCCUACCUUCUCUUCCUUAGGGACUCAGUUUUCCUCAGGUUUAACUCCAGAGCUUACAAAAACCCAGGGGAAAAGUGGGAGAUAGCUGCGUCUGUGUUGAACAUCCUCAGUAAACUUUUACGUGAACAUGAGAUCGUUCCUGAGGACUUCGUGGACGAGCUGAUAGAGGUACAAUCAGGAGGAACAGUAGUGGCCAACAAGUCUGCUGGUCACACGCUGCUGGUCUACAUGCUCAACGACUCCAGCUUUCUCCGCAUGAUUCUGAGGAUACUGGACGACGUCAUCAACCAGCUGGAAACCUACACGGACAUCCCAGGCAAGGCACUGAUGGAGCGGACAGCGUUACUGUGUCUCCGAAUGAUUGAGUACACUCUAGAGAAAGCCGACCAGUUUGUGUCUGCGUGUCGGGAGACCGGAGCCUCCAUCAUGGUCGUCUCCAUGGAUCGACUACUGUUGGGGAUCAAUCCUCGUACAGGCAAACCUGACCACCUUGUCAACAUAGCAAAAUACAUCACCUUCGGCACGUUCCUGCCCUAUCAUGCCCAGGCAGCUAUGACGGUCCUGUACCGGGUGUGUCGUACAGCCCCCAUACAGACUAAGCUUCUCAAUCUCUUCACCGCCGAUCAGAAAACGUCAUGCAACCUGGACCUGCUGCAUGGAUUUGUGGAAUGUCUGGAAGUGGAUGAGGCAGAGGAAGUGGUACAGAAUAGAGUCGUACAGCUGGAUGAGGCAGCUGUAGAGGUGAAUGUGCUCGGCAAUGUGAGGAAUUCUACACGACAGAACCUGCUACGGAUUAUCCUACACUGUCUAGACCAGCCCUCACCCAACCUGGCCCACCUACUGCUUGGCUUUGACCUCCAGAAACCUGUCAGCAAGACCAACCUCCAAGACCAAGGAAUCCUGGGAUCACCUAAGACCUGCCUCCAUGCGAUACUUAGCAUCCUGGAGCAGGGUGUGGGAUCCUCGGUCGGGCCAUCCUGUCUCCAUGAAACACCACAGCUGGCAGAAUUGUGUUACAAACUGAUCUUCAAGCUAUGCUCUAACAAGGACACGUCAGCCCCGACCCUGCGUUACCUCCGCACAUCAAGGGACUUCCUGUACAGACAACUCCAUCAUCUCCCCUACACUGCUCACUCGUACGCCCAACCAGUGGCUAGCCAUCAGGCCUGGCUCCUGAAGACAGUUGCAGUGGAGCUGAGGAUGACAUCGCUCAAUAGACAGCGCUCACACACCCAGCGCCUCAUGCGACUUCUACUGGACGACAAUCAGGACGACCAAAGUAAAGGAAUGAAUGCCGGUGGUGUGGACGAUACAGACACCUUGUUUGACAGGUUUGGAGAUACCUCAAUGUAUAUGUCUACUUACUCACAGAACAAACAACUCAGGGGUAAACAAACACGUCGAAAGCUGUUGUGUCUCCUGGACGCAGUUGACUUCACACAACAAUACCCAACACCCAUGUCCUUGGAGUUCUUUGAGCCAGCCAUGAUCGAGAAGGUGAUCCAAUCGACCGAGACAGUUGGUGAGCACGGUGUCGUCUGCUCCAACAUCAAUCAGCUCCAUCAGAUUCUCACCAACGAACUCAACAAUGUCCAGGGAACAGUGAUGGCUGCUCAGCGACAUCGCAUCGUGGAGGAGGUACAGGGAAUACUGAGAAAUGUGGUGGCUAGAAACGAGGUGCGUGUCAACCUCAAGGUGAAGCAGCAGUCGUUUGACGCAUGGCGCCAUGUGGCUGAGAUCCUGCUGACCUCGUGUCCAGAGGACCUGCUGCCGCGGGAUGCCCGUCAAGCCAUACUGUUUGAACUACUCCAGGAUCUUCUACAGAAGGUUGGUGAUGAAGCUGCCUUGACGGAGUUGACUUCACCUGUUGCUGGUGUUGUCCUCACCCUAAUGGCAAACCUUCGUCAGUGUUUUUCUGUGGAACAAGCAACAUCUGAUGGUGACAGGUACACACACUAUGGGUCGCGUCUCCAGGAAAACAGUGCCACUCUGGGCCAGUCUGUGGCCUGGGCCGAAGGGUCAGGUUCCAGGACACUGUUUGCCACAUCUCUACAGCUGGUCCUGAAAGGCCUUAUAGAACACAUCCUCAGAUCAAGCGGAGGUUUACAGCGUAUGAGGGCAAACCUAUACGGAUCAUUGCUGUACUACCUACAGAUAGCGCAGAAACCAAAGACUCCCACCAACCCAGAAAAAGACCAGGAAGGAGUUGGAGGAAGAAUCCUGGCUGCUUCGGACUCUGAGUAUGAUCAGCUGGCCAAGGAAAACGUAUCCACCAUCUUAUCAUAUGGAGAUAACUUCAUGGAGACUGUGUGUCGGGACGCCUGCGAUGGCCAUGAUGUUGGGCGGAUGUUGGCUCUGUCGGUGAUGGACACGAUCCUUUCCAUGGACAAGUUCCAGCAGUGGUUGACAUUCCUGUCGUCAAAAGGCUACCUCCAACAUCUGGUGGACAGUCUACUGCACGACGAUGAACAACUACAGACACUGUUGUCCCAGAACCCUGAACUCCGCAUCCUCUACAUCUACGAGUCAAAGAUGGGCCUGCUGACUAGAAUAGCAGAAUCGACCACCGGGGCUCACACUAUCCUUAGGUGUGGCCUCAUGCAGCGACUGGCGGGAUGUUCCUUCUUUGAUAUGAGGCCGGAGCUGGAAAGGUCGAGAGAUGCGCAGGGGUUCCUAGAGUCCGAGGAGUUCAUUCCGAGCCCGAUGGCACGGUAUCAGCAUGUGUUGUUUGCCAGCCUGAAGCUGUGUCUGGCACUUCUCACUUCCCUGGGUAUAGAGAACCAGGAUGCUGGAAACCAGGUGCUACAGUUUAUAUUUGCCCAUGGGGAUGUGUUCCACAACAUCCUACGGGAUCGCCAGCCAUCACUAAAUCUGUCGGCGUUACGGGAACUCGCUCUGACAACUGCAGUGAUUGCCAGGGCCAACUAUCGAGGUAUUCCUGAUGCAGAGUUUGAUGACAUUGAGACAGCAGGCAUAGAGUUCAGAGGUCACAAGACACGUAUUGAGCGACAAAUGCUGGCCCUUGUUCCUAAGUACUGCCUGUCAGAGAAACUCACCAAACAGCUGCGUAACCUGGAGAGUCAACAGCUACAGGAAGGUCGCGACCUCAAGGCUGAGGUCACGCUGGCUUAUCAGGAGGUUGCAGCUAACGUAACUUCGUUUUGCAGAGCUGUUAUAUCUACGUCGGGUUAUUCCUCCCAGUUUUGUCGUGUGAUAUUUGGUCCGAGUUUGGAAGAAGCUUUGGCCAGAGACAUCAGAAACACAGAAGAGUUUUCACUGUCAUCCAUGACACCAGCCCACAUACCAAACCUAGGGAUCAUCGUGUACCAGCUUCGCCAGUGUGCAGGCCGCUUCAUGUCUGUGUACGACACACACCAACAACAUCUCCGUAAACUCCAGAGUCUCGCCGACCUCAGCACAGACGACCUGAAGGAGUUUUCAGGCGUUCCUGCCACGGAGAAGAUGCCGUCGCAGCAGAGACAGCACCUGGCACAUCGACGCCUGGCACAAAUAGUCCACUAUAAAGGGGGUGAACUCAAACACCUAGCAUAUAUUAUAGAGAACUGUAUAUUUAUAUUGUGGCGCCACCUGGAAUAUUACCUGUUACACUGCGUACCUAUAGACCAACAGCCCACUCUUUACCAGUCACAGGUGAAACGCCAGCAGCAGAUGCGUCGGCUACAAGACCUGACAGGUACCGGCAGCAUGAUGUACGACACAGAUGUGGGGGCGACGUUCUCGGAGGGAGACGAGCUGACACGGGGCGUGACAAGGGAGGAGUUAGCCACACUCAAACAAACAGCAGUAUCGGCCAUCACAGAGUCUCUUCUCAAAAAACUGUCAGAAAUAAAUCAGAGCUUCUGUAAAAAUCGGUCACACUAUGGCUUUGUGGAGGCAUUAAUUCGGCGGACCAAACGGUUACUGAGGCUUCACACGGGUAGCUGAUGUAGCCCUACAAAUCUAAUAGAGGACAAUUUAUCAUUGAGAAUAGUGUUUUUGUAAUUACAGCCAUGAACUUUGUACUUCUGUGUGUAGCGUUUCGUAGCUGGUUUUGAUGACGGGCAUGGAAUUAAAAAAAAUAUGUAAAACUUUGUUAGCAGCAGAAUGAUAGUGACAGGAGUACAGAGAUCCUAGAUCAGCACACUAAUGGAAUUGAAUAGAUGAAUUAAUCAUUAUUAGAUGAAUUAAUCAUUAUUUGAUGAAUUAAUCAUUAUUUGUCAAAGUACUGAAACACACUUGAUUAAUUUAAAACAAUUGGUGCAAAAUUUGGAUCGGAGAAAACAUCCCUUUAUGUAUUGAAGGUACUGAAUCUGGAUUUCUGUGGACAACACCUGUUUAACCUGUCAUAGUUAAUUGAAAAGUAUGUACCUUUAUCCAAGAGAUGUUUUCUCUGACUAAGAUCAAUAUUCACUGUAUUACUACACUCCCUAACAAGGAUGUUUAACAGUCCUUCAUGUUUUAAACAAGAAAUGUGCUGCAAAGAAUGUUCAUUAAAAAAUAAAGAAAUUGAACAUUA